AUGGUUGGUACUCAGAAUGUUGGUAUUUGUGCUUUCUUAUGGAAAUUUUGUUCUCAUCUUCCUCCAUGUCAAUCAUCACAAGAUUGUUCUGAACCAAAUCAUAUCUGUGUUCAUCAUCAUCGAUGUAGUCAGAAUCCUGUUUGUUAUCCAUUAUCAAUGCUUGAUGAAAAUAUAUGUCCACCAAUACCAACUAUGACAAAUAUCACAGUGACAACGACUACAAGCAAUACAAUUACCACAAGUGUCACUACUACAACAGCAGUAGUUUUACCACCAGUAUAUCGUAAUCCUGUACUGGAGAAAAUCAUCGAGACGAACAAGAAUUUAUCACGUCUAGAGAUACAUUUCCAGAAUUUAACUGAUGACGAUAUGGAAAUAGUGGCAUACUACGCAAUAAGAAAUAACCAAAUACUAACUAGUUUGGACCUCAGUGGAAAUCGAAUUGGCGUUGAUGGUUUAAAAUAUCUCACUGAUGCCAUGUUAGAGAAUAAAAUGCUCACAAGUUUGACACUGCACUACAGCUCAAUUAAUGAAAAUGUGGCAAAACAUCUGGCUGAUGCUUUACAACAUAAUGAAGCAUUAACUCGAUUGGAUCUUCAUAAUAAUAGAAUUGGUGUGAAAGGUGCUCAAUAUUUUGCUAAUGCUCUACAAAAUAAUGCAAAACUCAAAAUACUAGAUCUUUCAAGCAAUAUAAUCGGAGACGAUGGUAUUCGAUAUCUUGCCGAUGCAUUAAAAACUAAUACAGAAUUGGUUUCAUUGAAUCUUUAUACGAACUUAAUUACAGAGGAAGGUGCACAACAUCUUGCCGAUGCUAUGCGAUACAAUAAGAGACUCGAAAGACUAUUCCUGCAGAACAACAUAAUAGGAAAUAAUGGUACACGUUAUCUUGCUGAUACAUUAAAAACUAAUACAAAAUUGAUCACAUUAGUUCUUGACUCAAAUAAAGUCGGAGACGAAGGGGCUCAAUAUCUCGCUGAAUCUAUUCGAUCUAACAUGACGCUCAAAACAUUAGAUAUCAGAUACAAUAAAAUAGGAGAUAAUGGUGUACAAUAUCUUGCCAGUGCAUUAAAAAAUAACACCAAUUUAAUCGGUCUUGAUCUUUCUGGCAAUGAAAUCACAGACAAAGGUGCAUUGUGUCUCGCCGAUGCACUUCGAUAUAACACAAUAAUUGAAUCUUUAACUAUGAAGAAUAGUAAGAAUGUCUCAUCAACAAUCAAGCAGCAAUUAUCAGUAAAGGAUCAUCGACUUCAAUUUUGA